UGUAAGUCUGGUUACCAUGGUAAUAAAUGUGAUACACCAUGUCCUACUAAUUGUAAAGGUGGUUGUAUCCAGAAUAGUGGUAAUUGUAACAAUUGUAAGUCUGGUUACCAUGGUAAUAAAUGUGAUACACCAUGUCCUACUAAUUGUAAUGGUGGUUGUAUCCAGAAUAAUGGUGAUUGUGAAGCUUGUAAUGAUGGUUAUUGGGGUAUAAAAUGUGAGAAACAAUGUCCUACAAACUGUAGACUGUCUAAAUGUGAUAAGAACAAUGGAUAUUGUAGUGAAUGUAAGAAUUAUUACUGGGGAGAUAAAUGUGAAGAGCGAUGUUCAGUUAACUGUAUAGAUCAUCUCUCUAUUACUUGUUAUAAAACUAGUGGUAAAUGUAACUCUGGUUGUAAAGAUACAUGGUAUGGUGAUACAUGUAAUAAUAAAUGUAGUUCUAAAUGUAAACAGAGUAAAUGUUAUCAAUCACAAUCUAGACCAGUAACUUGUACAACUGGUUGUAUAGAUGGUUAUAAAGGUAAUUACUGUCAGGAUACCUGUCUAGAUAACUGUAUUAGUUGUAAUAAUAAUCAAUGUACAAGUUGUAAUACAGGAUGGUAUGGUAAUCAAUGUCAAACUAAGUGUAAUAGUAAUUGUAUCAAUAGAUGUGAUCAAGCUACAGGAGAUUGUUUAGAUGGUUGUAUUGAUGGUAAAACUGGCAGACAGCGUACCUUGUGUUUAAAAAUUAGAGCCCCUGCCCCUUGCACACCACAACCUAAAUCAGAUAUGGACAGAAUGAAGAGGCACUUAUUUGCAAAUUUGAAAAUUAAAGUCUCUACUGUGCUCAUGAACAAAAUUUGA